AUGACAUCAAAUCUGUCGAUAGUCGGAUCUGUAAUCGAGAGGAAGUCUGCCUCCCCACUCCCUCCGAAAAGACCUACCACCUCUACUCCCAAGACAGGGUUCCCAACCGUCCAGCAUCGAUCGAAGAGCGCCUUUGCUCGAAAUAGAGAAGAGCAGCAAAAGCCUGCUAUGUCUCGCGCGAAAGAUGUUCCUAUCGUCCUGCCAUCGAGUCGACCUAUACCACCAACGGUAACCACCAAUUGGCGGGAGCAAAUGAGCAAAGAAAAUGAAGACCGCGUGGCGAGCAUGGACAUUGAGGAGAGGGAGGAAGAGCGGCGACAGAUCCUGAAGAGAUUUGGGAACAACAUCGGGAAUGUACUCAGGCGUGCACGAUUGGCACGCGAACGACAGUCAACUGGAGAGUCGUCGGGGCCACCCCCCGAUUCACAGGAAGAUGGGGUUCCAAUAACAUCAGAAGAACGGAAACCACUAGAACGACCUAGAUCCCCUCCUCCUUCGGCGCUGGUCUCUCCCACUAAUACUCGUCCGUCCAGCCGUGCAGAUCGACGGUUACGUUUUUCAGAGCUUGAGCCAGACGAUGUGUAUGUUUACGAAUCAGCGCCUCCGUCCCCUAAACGGAGGGUUCUUGCCUUGCCUCCGCCAGACCCCUCUUCAGAUGAAUCUGUGACAUCUCUGGGACAGUGGAAGGGCAAGAUGGUAGCGCAGAAUCAUGAACCAGAACCAGAACCUCGAUUGAUGACUGACCAGAAGCCGGACGGUUGCAUUGAACACAACGAACCAGAAGAAGGUACCGCAGAAUACAUCCGCCAGCGUUUCUUUCCCGACGCACCGAAGGAUGAUCCGAAUUUGGUCUGGAUGGAAGCAAAGCCUUCAGACACGGAUGGUGAAUCAAGCUCAUCAUCCUUGAGGUUCGAUCUCCACGGCGAUCCUAUUCCACCUUCCGUCUCAUUGAAGCUCCCUACGCAUCUUGGAUUGCACCACCAUGCUGAAGGAUCUCAUGCUGGAUAUACUCUCGACGACGUUAUACUUCUUUGUCGCUCAACAGUUCCGUCACAACGAACAACAAUGCUAGGGGUUCUUGCGCGGAUAGCACGCCGAAUCGCAAGAGCUGGCAAGGCCAAAGUGGGUGGUAUGAAUGAAGUGCUUGGCAGGGAAGAGGAAUUAAGGAAACGCAUCCUGGCGGUUGGGGUGGAGGCCUUUUCGGAGAGAGGCGGCGUGGGGGCGCGUGCUAUUGAAGUUGUCUGGGAGUGCGUCGUGGGCUGGAAUCCCAAGUUUGCGAUUAUCGAGGGAUUGGAGUUGCAAUCGCCUUCCGAUAUGGCCAUCAACACCCUCCCCUUGGAUUAUUUCCUUCCUCAAGUAGCCAGAGUCUUGAGUCAACGCGACACCUUGCCUGAGUCCGCAGACCAGUUGCUCUCGAUACUGCACCGACUUGCUCAACAUAACAAUAUCGUCGCGGCGCAUAUUGUUUCAACGGCGAAGCUGCUUUCCAACGUUCUUCAGACACUCUUGCUCACCCCGCUACCACCCCAAGAUUCAUCCCCAUUACCCAAUCCCCUUGCAUUACAUCUCUUUGACACUCUGGCAUCAUCUUCGCGGUCCAAUGCCCUCGAGAUAGAGAAAUUCGCCGACUCCUUACUUCGCUUCCUUUCCUUUCCACCCCACUCAUCGCCGUAUUCGUUUGCACUUACGAAUAACCUCUUGACCUCCACAUUACGGUUGUAUACCACCCUGGCAUCCUAUGGUCUUUACUGCCACCUCGCCGGCGACGCGGUGACACAACUUGCCCAUCUAGAGCAAUAUAUCAUCUCGAAAGAUUGCAACUUGUAUCCUCUCCAAACGGCAUGGGCAAAUCUUAUCCAGACCUGGACAAUCUGUGCAAUCGAUCCACAUCGAACGACGCCUGCCCAUGACAUCCGAUGGAGCCAGAUAGUUAGCUGGGGUUGGAACUCGGGUAUUUGGGAACUGCAAAAUAAUCUCAGCACGGAAGAAAAGGGAUGGGCGACAUGGGCUGCCUCUUGGAGAGCUCAAGCAGCGUGGUUGGAGGGUUCCAAGGUCAAUGCCAUCAAGGCAGGAGAACAGGAGAAAUCGGACUUAGUCAACAUUGUCAAGCCCUGCUUCGAAGGGGGAACAGCAUCUCAAAUCCUAUCAGCAGUACUAGAUACAUUACAGAGAGGUCUGACUCGUUAUAAGAAUGAAGACUUGGCCGAACUCGACGUCUUGGCUGGUUACAGUAGCAUCCUGGCCUCCAUUCUCCGCCUGUGGUUAGCCUGUCUUCCUUCCGACCUCGAGGGUGCGCCAUCUUCCCCGCCAUUCACCCUUCCGUUCUCUCGCCUGUCGGAAUUGGCCUCUCGUUUGCUUAUACACCCCCUUUGGUCAUCAACUACCUCAAAUUCAACCCUUGCCCGGCUGUCUCACCGCCAAAUUUCCGAGUUCCUAGCCUACUAUCUUCGCUUCUCUCGACAUCUACCCGGUGUUUCUGAGAGCCUCUGGAUGGCACAGGCAUUUUCCAUCCUCUUACGACUAGGGCCUGGGGACGAGGAUACCGCGGCCUCGACAAUUCGAACAGCCGCCAAACUGAUUGGUCCCAGCUUGCCAGGGGCUCGAAAUAUCGCGAUUUCUCCCAAAAUCUGGGAACAAGGAGGCAUGUCGGUUUUGGAACCUUUCCUGAUUAACACAAUACGGCCAAACGGCGAGAUCCACAUUGGGCCACUCAACCCAACGCCUCAGUCUAUCAGAUCUGCGACCACCCAGAGGUUGCCCACUUCCCAAGGUCGUCCAGAACUGGGUCUUCCACUCUCCCGUGAUUGGGCACUAGCACCUCUAGACCAUCUCUUACUCUCUGGCGACUCCGCCGUUUUCAAGUCUCUACCUCCGUCAUGGAAUUCUUCAGAGACCGAGAUCAGUCGAGCGUCCUUGUUCCUAGCAAAGGUUGUUCAAGAGACAUUGUUGAACUUCUCUCUCACUCCUUUCGUUCUUUCACAAGACGAUGCCAUCUUCGGGUGCAUGAAAGUCAUGAUGCUGGAGCACGGGCAACCUCAAAAUGAUUCUUCGGAAGAAGUAUUCCGCGACACAGUCGUAGAAGACUUGAUGAAAGUCCUCCUCGAUUCAUACACGUUUGGCUCUGAUCGUCUGUCAGUUCCCACCGCACAAGAUAAUUUGGAAACGGUCGCAGCAAGGUAUCUCGGUCCUUCAGUUCCGUUCUUCCAGUUCUACACCGACCUAGUUGCUCUCUAUGAUGCAAUAUCCUUUUCACACCCCUUGUUUGCCAAACUCCUCCUACCCCCGAUUUCCAUGCGUUACGCACAAGAUUACAGGAAACACCUCUGGACCGAUUUUAAUCACAUCAUCAGGACCAUUCGUACACCUGCCAAAGAAGUGCUUUCUGCGGAUAUCAGAGAGUACCUGUACCCGAUUGAAACCGACAGCCAAAUAAUUGCCGCUUACCUCAGCUCUCUACUCAAAAACAACGCUCAUGAAUUCUUGUGGCUGGUCGCAUUGCAUCACAUAGCCUCGAAUAUUUGGCCUGACUUGCGGGAAUCCCCCUCUUCAGAACAAAAUCGAGCAAUUACAUUGCUGAAGGUACUGACCGAGAAAGGAAGCCAUGAUUUGGUGAGGUCUGUGGUGCAGUAUCGUCAAAACACCUCAGGAAAGAUUUUGCUCGCCCCGUCCUGUGUUGAAACCUUAGAGCACGACAGGAAAGCCACUCGAUUAGAUUUUAUCAGCAAUCACGGACAGCCAUCGUUUGAUAGAUUACAGCAUUUGUUGAAAGAUUUAUGA